CCUUUUCCAGUCGGAUUACGCUAACAAAAACGAUUUUGUAGCGAAAAAAAAAAUCAUUUUCCAGGACAAGGCUAGGCAAGGCAGGGGUUUGGCUUCGAUCGAAUCCUGUGGUUGUUAUUCAGAAAUUUGGGUGAGAAAUCAUGAGCGGAAGAGUGAAAAAAGAAGUUGAAGAAACAGAUUUGAUUAAACAGCAGCCAUUUCAUGAAGAGAACCGGAAAUAUGUGGAAGACGGAGACGGUAAGCAGAAGAGUCCGAUGGAGACCACUGCUAAGCGUCUGAAGAUUAAGAGAAGAUAUUCGGAUUCCAAACUUAAGUUUGUGAUAUCAGGUCAGGCAGGGAAGUGUAUCUGCUGUAGGCAGAAUAGGGCUCCAGUUGAAAGAUCAAACACUGUUGGAGAAACUAGGUCAUCUGCUUUGAUUCGGGCAGAAGAGGUCCAAUCCAAUCUAGAACCAGCAUUCCCUAGCUUUGUGAAAUCGUUGGUCAGAUCACAUGUUGCUAGUUGUUUUUGGAUGGGGCUUCCUGGACAAUUCUGUAGAGCACAUUUACCACAUGUGGAUGCUACUGUGACUUUGCAAGAUGAAUGUGGGAAGGAAUUCAAGAUGAAAUACAUUGCAUAUAAGACAGGCUUGAGUGCUGGUUGGAGACAGUUCUGUGUUGCACACCGAUUGUUUGAGGGGGAUGUAUUGGUCUUUCAAUUAAUCGAAUCUUGCACAUUUAAGGUGUACGUAAUAAGGGCAAAUGAUUUGACCGAAGUGGAUGGUGCUCUAGGUCUGCUGAAUUUGGAUGCUCAAAUUAAACAAAACAUUGCAGAUAACGCUGAAAGGGGCAAUACUGCUAGUAAAAGUUCAAAGAGGAAGCGUCCCAGGUCUCUUCCACUAGCUAUUGUUCAAAAGAAAAAUAAGAAGUCUGGCCAACCAAGACCGUCAGUCCUGCAAGCUGGCCAACCCGCCGAGCAAUCUGAAAAUGAUAGUGAAGAGGUUGGUUCAGAAGUUCUAGAAGGUUUCAAGUUAUCGUUACCUGCUGUUCAAUUUAAAGACAUCAAAAGCUUUGAGGAUUUCAACAUUCUGGUUGAUGGGUUACUUUUAGAUUCGGAACUUUCAGAAGACAUUCGGAAUAAGUACUACAAACUCUGCUGCAGUCAGAAUGCAUUCCUUCAUGACAAUCUUAUCAAGGGAGUUAAUCUUAAGCUGAUUGCUGGGAUAAUUUCUGAAACUGUUAAUAUUGCUGAUGCAAUGAGAGCUUGCACUCUUAACACCUCACGCGAUGAAUUUGCUACUUGGGACAAGGCUUUGAAGGCUUCUGAGCUAUUUGGCAUGAAUGUUGGAUUUUUACGCUCCAAGCUAGGUCUCCUUUUAAGCCUUGCCUUCGAUUCUGAAGGCGCCACAAAAACAAGGAGGUAUAUAGAAGCUAGAUUCAAACGAGUGCGAACUGAAGAUGAGAUAAUAAAUCUUGAAGCAAAGCUUGUGGAAUUGAAGGAAACCUAUGAAAGAUAUGGUGCUGAUGUUGAAAGGCUCAAGUCGAAAGCUGAAGGCUAUGAGCUCAAGUUUCAAGAACAGGUUCUUGCUCCAUGGUGAUGUAUUUGUCGCCUUUUCUUUUUUCUCCCUGGUUACUAUAAACAGCUUUUGUAACGUGUUUGGUUUAAGAUUUAUAAUGUGGACAAUGCUGUGACUCUUAACGUUUUUAGGAAUUUAUAUGAAAACAAUGCUGUAACAUUCUAGGACUUUA